GAGAGUAAGCGACUAGCGUGGUGUAUAUGGAAGACGUUUGUUAUCAGGAAAAACGUUCGUAAUGUCUUCAAAUCAAGUUGCUGAGAGAGAGCCAAUGAAUCCAGAAGGGAAGAAAAAUGAAGAAAAUGGGAAUGGUAUUGGACUUAAAAAAGAACUCGGACUUGUUCAUGGAGUUGCAAUAAUUGUAGGGAUAAUAGUUGGUUCAGGAAUAUUUGUAUCGCCUCGUGGCGUGUUACAAGAAGCUGGCUCCGUAGGAAUGGCUCUCGUCGUAUGGAUUGCAUGCGGCAUUAUUUCUAUGCUGGGUGCCUUAUGCUAUGCCGAACUGGGAACCGCUAUACCAAAAUCGGGAGGGGACUAUGCCUAUAUUUAUGAAGCCUUCGGACCUUUACCGGCAUUUUUAUUCCUUUGGGUAGCACUUUUAAUCACCAUGCCGGUAUCAAAUGCGAUAGCAGCCUUAACGUUUGCCAAUUACAUCCUGGAACCGUUUUUUCCCGACUGCACACCACCACCCAAUGGAGUGAGGCUAAUAGCAGCGGUUGUAAUAUGUUUGCUGCUGUUCGUUAACUGUUACAACGUCAAGUGGGCUGCCAGAGUUCAAGAUGUAUUCACUUUUGCCAAAAUAAUCGCACUCGUUCUUAUCAUCGUCGCAGGUUUGGUUCAUAUAGGCAUGGGUAACACCAACAAUUUCCAAAAUGCUUUCGAAGGAACCACCACCGAACCAGGGUAUAUUGCCUUAGCUUUUUACUCUGGAAUUUUUUCCUAUGCUGGAUGGAAUUACUUGAAUUUUGUCACAGAAGAACUGCGGGAUCCCUACAAAAACCUUCCUCGAGCCAUUUACAUAUCGCUCCCUGUGGUUACUGUGGUCUAUUUUAUGGCCAAUGUGGCUUAUUUUGCAGUCCUUUCUCCUCAGGAAGUACUGUCAUCUAACGCAGUUGCGGUGACGUUUGGAAAGAAAAUUUUAGGAGUAAUGGCAUGGAUCAUGCCGGUGUCUGUGGCACUAUCAACAUUUGGUGGUUUGAAUGGAAAUAUUUUUGCUUCAUCAAGAUUAUUUUUUGUUGGAGCUCGUGAAGGACACCUUCCCGCUUUCCUAGCUAUGGUUAACAUAUAUCACUUUACUCCAAUGUCAAGUCUAAUGUUUUUGGGAGCUCUUUCUCUGGCUUACCUAUCAACGAUACAAGUGUACACCUUAAUUAAUUACGCUGCAUUCAGCGAAGCUCUGUUCGUCAUGUUUUCGGUGGCAGGUCUCAUAUGGUUGAGACAAAAACAACCAUAUCUGAAGAGGCCUAUUAAGGUAAACCUUGUACUUCCUGCGUUAUUUCUGGUCAUUUGUACUUUCUUGGUGUUUCUGCCGUUCUACGUGAAUCCGUGGGAUACAGGUAUUGGAGUGAUCAUCAUGCUGUCGGGCAUUCCAGUUUACUUGUUGACUAUUCACUGGGAAAGUAAACCGUCGUGUUACAAACGUGCCAUUGGGGGAACUACGACUUUCUCUCAAAAACUGCUUGUGAGUGUGAUUGAGAAGAGCAAGUUUGACUGAUCUUGUAGGAGUGAAUCUCUCUCCUAAAUCUCAACUACGGUUGACCAUUUACGAAGUUUGUGUCUGCUUUUUAUGUUGUUAAAUCAUUAAGAACUAGUUUACUUUGGCAUUAUUUGUAUUUUACCUGCUCAGAGUAAUGAAGCCAGGAAACACACGAGAGUUCACAGAGGCCUGUCCACCCCCCACCCCCUUAGAGAAAAAACAAAAUAAUGGUGUUCCAACCUUUCACUGAAAUUCAUUUACAAAAGUUGAGUGUGGUUAUGAUCUUACUUAAAUUAAACAAACAAAACUCCUGAUUCUGGGCUUGGUGGUAGUACCAAAACUUUAAAAAUUGGAUGACACAAAACUUGACGUAACGAGCCGAUGUAGACCCGCUAAAACUAAACAACAAAAGUCAAUGAUAUUUCCCAGACAGAAAGAUACGUAAUAUCAUGAAAUAUAACAGUUAUCCAGUAAGUCUUCCAGUCUUGUCAUAAUGAGUUGGUGGGAUUGAAGAAACAGGGGAGGGUGUGCUCAAUGUUUUGCUGCAGUGCUCAAUACAUUUAGCAAGUAACUUUAUUUUUCUCUACAAUGGGAGUGAUCAAAUAAUAAAUUGUAGACUGUUUCAUCAUAUUGUUGUCCAGCACCAACAUCACACAAAGAACUGGGGGGGGGGGGGUAAAUAUAAUGACGCAGUUCAUUAAAAUUCUGUACACCAUUAAU